AUGGCCUCGGUAGCCGAUACCUCUCUUGAUAAUGCAAUCGAUGAGGUGCGGCCUAUCAAGGUGGUAUGCAUCGGUGCAGGCUUCUCGGGCAUCUUGUGUGGCAUUCGACUUCCCCAACGGCUGUCGAAACUCGACCUGACUAUAUACGAGAAAAAUGCUGAUUUUGGAGAUGUACCAUCUCAUAGCUACCAAUACACCUUCGCCCCAAAUCCAAAUUGGUCCAUGUUCUACUCUGGUGGCGCGGAGAUCCACGAGUACCUGAAGGAUGUCGCAUGGCGUUAUGACGUCGCGAAAUAUGUCAAGUUCCAGCAUGUAUUUCAGGGAGCGACAUGGAACGACGCCACCCAUCAGUGGAACAUGAAGAUCCUCGACGCACAGUCGGGAAUGGCCUUUGACGAUACCGCAGAUGUCCUCAUCAGGGGAACUGGUCUUCUGAACAAAUGGAAAUGGCCGGAUAUCAAGGGCCUUCAUAGUUUCAAGGGCAGCCUCAUGCAUACAGCAAACUUUGACCCGAAAUUCGAUUGGACUGACAAAACGGUUGCUCUGAUCGGAGCUGGAUCCACAGGCAUUCAGGUCCUGCCGCACAUUCAACCAAAGGCUAAACAUGUAGUUCACUGUAUGAGGGGCAAGACGUGGAUCAGCCCGGUUGGUUACGGAGCGGAUAUUGGAGGUGGCAGCAACUUCGAGUACUCGAUAAUGGAGCGUCGUAACUUUGAAAACAACCCAUGUAUCUACCUUGAGUACCGCCACAAACUGGAGGCGGCGAUGAACCAAAGUCAAAUCGUCACAUUCCGAGGAACAGCGACGCAAAAGCGAUUCUGGGAGGCAACCGACAGGUUUAUGAAGGCCAAGCUUGCAGAGAAACCUGAAAUUUACGAAUCCUUACGUCCUCCAUUUCCACCGGGCUGUCGUCGCUUGACUCCGGGCCCCGGCUAUCUUGAGGCCCUUCUCCAGAAGAAUGUCACUUUCAUCGGAAGCAGUGUUGCAGAGGUAGAUGAAAAGAGCAUUCUUGACCAGCAAGGCAACUAUCAUGAAGUCGACGCUAUCAUUUGUGCCACGGGUUUUGACUAUACCUUCAAGAACGCAACGGCUCCCAUCAUCGGGAGAAAUGGCGUAAGCCUCGAUGAUAUGUACACACCAUUUCCACAGGCCUACAUGGGAGUCGCAGUGCCUAAUAUGCCAAACCAUUUCAUGUUCCUCGGACCUGCAAGCGCGCCUGCUUCUGGAAGCUUCAUCCCCACGUUGGAAUUGGUUAUGGAUUAUAUCAUACAGUGCAUAUUGAAGCUGCAAAUGGAGUCUUACGGCUGGAUGGAGCCCACCUCGGAAGCACUACAGCAUUUCAAUGACCAGGCCGACAAGUAUUUCCAGAAAACUGUAUUCACGUACAAGUGCAAUUCCUUCUUCAAAGGUGACCAAGACGAAGGACGUGUCUCCGUCGUUUGGCCUGGAUCGGCCGCGCACUACAUGAAAGCGAUGAAGAAUCCGCGGUGGGAGGACUAUCAGUAUGGAUUACGACGGGAAGCUGACGGCAAUUGCAUGUCGUGGCUCGGCAAUGGAUUGACGGUCGCGCAACAGGGAAAGGGUCAAUUAUCUGCCUUCUUGGACGAGAUAGAUGUGCCGCCUAUCAUCAAUGCCGGGGUUCGGCCUGAUAAAGAAUUGUACAUCGAGCCUGCUGCAGUGCCUGGAGUCUCAGAAGCCAUGUUUGAUAUUAAGGCAGUUGUUUCUGGACUGCCGGCCUGA